AAUUAGCCAUCCCUCCUCUCUUAGAACAGGCCACAACCUUACCAGCCACAACCUUACCAACCACUCUCUCACCAUGGCAAACGUUAUCAGUCCGUCUCUCGCGCUCGAGACACCAAACGGCCACAGCCCACAAGGAUGCUCGCCGCCGCCUUCUCACCAGGUAAAGAGAGGGCCUCGUUCCUUUCGACCAGAGUAAGGACCCCCGCUACGGCUGCCUAUCUCAGUGCCUGACUCAAAUUCCUUCGUUUCACAGACAAAGAAACUAACUGAACGGACACCACCUUUUCGCUUAAGCAGAACUGAUAACUCGGAUUCUCGUCUCCUAAUCUAAUCGCUGUUGACCGUAUUGUGGAAACGUGGCAGGGAACAGGCAGUACGUUAACCACUCUAACAGAAGAAACUAGCUACGGCUGAUGUGGCAGUUUGAGUGAUACGGGCAUGCGUAGUAAAGCAGUGCCACGUGGUGCGGAAGUUUAGUGUAAUCAGCAGCAUGACGGCUGCCGGUGCUAAACUUGCUGAGAGCGAGCAGCGAAGGGGUCCGUCCGUUUUCUUUCUGCACCCAGAUCUCGGCAUCGGUGGUGCAGAGCGCCUUGUAGUAGACGCGGCUCUAGCACUCCGCACGCGGGGAUGUCGUGUGCAGAUUUGGACGCCACGCUACGACCCCACACGCUGCUUCUCGGAGACGCGGCAGCUGGAUGUGCGGACGGCGGGCACCUGGCUGCCGCGGAGCAUCCUGGGAAAAGGCCACGCGCUCUGCGCUACCCUACGCAUGUUGUGGCUGGCGCUGUACCUGCUGCUGCUCAGCGGGGAGGAGUUCGACGUCUUUAUUUGUGACCAGGUGUCCGCAUGCAUUCCAGUUCUCCGUCUAGCCCGCACCCAUAAAAAGAUUUUAUUUUACUGUCACUUCCCUGAUCAGCUUUUAACUGAGAGAGAAUCGUUUAUUAAACGUAUCUACAGAGCUCCACUGGACUGGUUGGAAGAGUAUACUACUGGCAUGGCUGACUGUAUUCUUGUCAACAGUUGUUUCACAGCAAACAUUUUCAAAGAAACCUUCAAAUCCUUAUCUCAUAUAAAUCCAGAUGUCCUGUACCCUUCGUUGAAUGUCAGUAUGUUUGAUACCGUUAUUCCUGAAGAUGUAGCUAACAUAGUUCCCAACAGGAAGAGAUUCUUGUUUCUUUCCAUCAAUAGGUAUGAAAGGAAGAAAAAUCUAAUAUUGGCUUUGAAAGCUUUACAUGAUCUUCGUGGUAAACUUGACGCUUGGGAGUGGAAGGAAGUUCAUUUGGUUUUGGCUGGUGGUUACGAUGAAGCAGUUCAAGAAAAUGUGGAACAUUAUGGAGAACUGAAAGCUGUUGCUACCAAGCUUGCUAUUGAUGACCAGAUCACAUUCCUGAGAUCUUUCUCUGAUGCACAGAAGAUAGCUCUUCUGAGUAACUGCAUGUGUGUGCUGUAUACACCAAGUAACGAACACUUUGGCAUCGUUCCUUUAGAGGCUAUGUACAUGAGAUGUCCAGUCAUUGCAGUAAAUUCAGGGGGACCUUUGGAAUCAGUUGUAAACAAUGAGACAGGUUUCUUGUGUGAUCCUCUUCCAGCCACGUUUUCAGAAGCCAUGGAGAAAUUUGUGAAAGACCCAGCUUUAAAAAAGACAAUGGGAGCUGCUGGGAGAACUAGAGUUCUAGAAAAGUUUUCAUCCAAAGCAUUCACUGAAAAGCUGUAUCAAUACGUUCAUAGCUUAGCACAACAAAACAAAGCUCCGUUAUGUGGCAUUGCCUUGUAAUGUUUGGUUUUACAUUAUGCCAAUCAACUAAAAUAUUGUUAAUGUACCAAACAUUUAUAUGUGAAUCCUCUGACUUUCUGUCUUUAAUUUCUUUUUCCCUUUAAGAGUGUCUCUGGCAUAUGAUAGAAUGCUUUAAUAUUGAACUUGUCUCAUGCUUUUGAUACUUUGUCUUGUACUAUUUGCUGCAAAAUAAUUGAAUAUUGAUUAUUAAAGUGUCAAGUUUA